AUGCGUCUCUUCGCCUUUUCCCUCCUCUCAGCUCUCUCUUUGCCCCUUGUCAAUGCUGCAACUGCAGAUCAGUGGAGAGGCCGUUCUAUCUACCAAAUAAUUGUUGACCGGUACGCCCUUCCAGAAGGCGCGGAUCCCACUGCGUGCAACCCCGCCCAGCAGUCCUUCUGUGGGGGCACCUGGAAUACUAUUCGUGACAAUCUCGACUAUAUUCAGAACGCUGGCUUCACCGCAGUUUGGAUUAGUCCCGUGAAUCAGAAUUAUGAGGGUCCCCGCUCGGCCUACGGCGACCCUUACCACGGCUAUUGGAUUGCUGAUGCUACCAAGCUCAACUCCCGAUUUGGCACUGCUGACGACCUCAAAGCUCUUUCUGCGGAGUUGCAUCGCCGUGACAUGUAUCUCAUGGUUGAUAUCGUCGUCAACAACGUGAUGGCAACUACUAUUACCCCAGACUAUUCAAAGUUCAUGUUCAAAGACCCCUCAAUGUACCACCCAUAUUGCCCUAUAGACUGGGGUAAUACCACCAGUGAACAAGACUGCUGGCUCGGUGACACAAAGGUCCCUCUGCCCGACUUGGACACAACCAACCCAACCGUCAUUCAACAAUACGGAGAUUGGAUUGCUGACCUUGUGACAGAAUAUUCUAUCGACGGCCUUCGUAUUGAUGCUGCCAAUCCUAUCGCCAUGUACCAAGGCCCUCAAGCUCUGGAUUCCGUCCUCAACUUCCCCUUGUAUGCUGCUCUGCUUGGAGCAUUCCAGAUUCCUGGACCCGCAGAUAUCACAACACUGGUAAACGUCUUCGAGGAAUCGAAGAAGAAAUUCGCCGACGUCACACUUCUCGGUAACUUCUUGGAGAACCAGGACGUGCCCCGUUGGCACAACCUGACGGUGGAUCCGCAGAGCAUGUACAAUGCUAUGACAUUCACUUUCAUGUCCUCCGGUAUCCCGAUCGUUUACUACGGGCAAGAGCAAUACUUCAGCGGAAAUGCUGAUCCAAUGAAUCGUGAACCUCUCUGGCCUUCCAAGUAUGCGCAAACCGAUGCUUACAAGCUGAUCACCACACUUAACAAGUUCCGCAACUUCCUCGUCAACACGACCGACUGGGCGACGCAAGAGGCCCAGAUCCUAACGGCUGGCCCCCAAGGACUUGCCAUCAUGAAGGGACCUGUAAUUUCCAUUGUUACCAAUAUUGGAUCACCACCUCAAAACGGCACCCACAUCUCGGCUAAUACACCAUACGCAUCAUCUUCUGCUUUGACAAACGUUAUCACAUGCCAGCAAUGGGCCGUAGGUGCCAACGGCAAAAUCGACGCGCAAUAUACCCUGGGCGGUGUCCCUAAUAUCCUAAUUCCCAGCGACAUGCUCCAUGGCUCGGGGCUCUGUGGCGAGCAGCUCAAGACCGUUGCAGACAACGGCGGCAAGGCAGCCGCUCUGAGCUCUGGCCACCGCCUGUCCUUCCCCUCCGCGUCGGCCUCUGUUUCCCUAUUGCUCGGGUUUUUGUUUUGCCUGCUUGCGUCUUCGACAUGA